UUAACAACUGUACAGAAUUUAUCAUCAACAAGUCCUACAAACUCUGCCCAAGGUGUCAGUCAGUACUGUGCUAUAUGUGGUGAUAGAGCUACAGGAAAACAUUAUGGUGCCUCAAGCUGUGAUGGGUGUAAAGGAUUCUUCAGAAGAUCAGUUCGAAAGAGUCAUGUAUAUACUUGUAGAUUUAAUAGAAACUGUAUUGUAGAUAAAGAUAAGAGAAAUCAAUGUAGAUAUUGUAGAUUAAGAAAAUGUUUCCGUGCUGGCAUGAAAAAAGAAGCUGUACAGAAUGAACGAGAUCGAAUAAGUGUUCGAAGACCAAGCUAUGAAGAUAUGAGCCAGAGUGGUGCUCUAGCAUGUAGUACCUUACUUAAUGCUGAAAUGCUUUCGAGACAACAGAUGGCAGGUAUAGCUUUUCGAGAUAUAUCCCAAAGAAAGAUAGCCCUUGCUAAUGAUGUUUGUGAAUCUAUGAAACAACAACUAUUGAUAUUGGUAGAAUGGGCUAAAUAUAUACCAUGUUUCUGUGAAUUACCUUUAGAUGAUCAGGUAGCCUUAUUACGAGCCCAUGCCGGUGAACAUCUUGUACUAGGUGUAGCUAAAAGAUCUUUAGAAGUAAAUAAUGAUGUUUUACUAUUAGGUAAUGAUGCUGUAAUACCAAGAACAGCUAGUGAUGGUAUUGGUAUUAUAGCUGGUCGAGUCCUAGAUGAAUUAGUUCAACCGUUAAGAGAAAUACAAAUUGAUGAUACAGAAUUCGCCUGUAUUAAAGCUAUUGUUUUCUUUGAUCCAUAUGCUAGAGGAUUGAAUGAUAAACAGAGAAUAAAGAUGUUUAGAUAUCAAGUACAUGUUAAUUUAGAGGACUAUAUCAAUGAUAGACAAUAUGAUUCACGUGGACGCUUUGGUGAAAUAUUGUUACUCUUACCAGCUUUACAAAGUAUAGCAUUUGAAAUGAUUGAACAAAUACAGUAUGCUAAAAUAUUUGGUACAGCUAAGAUAGAUAAUUUACUACAAGAAAUGUUAUUAGGUGGUAAGUAUUGUUAA